GUGGUUGACUUGUUACUGGCAGAGGCAGCCACGUUGGUGGCAUCUCCCUUUUUUAAUCUGUCACCUCAGUCGCUGGAAUCCACCAGGCCAUGGAUACAGUGGCUGUGUAUCAUGGCAAAAUCAGCAGAGAGACCGGAGAGAAGCUCCUGCUCGCCACGGGGUUGGACGGCAGCUAUUUGCUGAGGGACAGCGAAAGUGUUCCGGGCGUGUACUGCCUGUGUGUGCUGUAUCAAGGUUACAUUUAUACAUACCGAGUGUCCCAGACAGAAACGGGUUCUUGGAGUGCUGAGACGGCACCAGGGGUACAUAAAAGAUUUUUCCGGAAAAUAAAAAAUCUCAUUUCAGCAUUUCAGAAGCCAGAUCAAGGCAUUGUAAUACCUCUGCAGUAUCCAGUUGAGAAGAAGUCCUCAGCUCGAAGUACACAAGGUACUAUAGGGAGAAGAGAUUCUGAUGUUUUCCUGAAAGCACCAUGAUGAAAAAGAAAACACCUUGUACUGUAUUUUCAAUAAUUUAAAUAUAUGCUGUCUUGUGUAAUGUAGAUAAUACAGUUCAGUGAGCUAUAAAUGCAUUUGUAUCACCACUGUAGUUCUGCAAUGAAAACAUUUGCCUCAUAUUAAAGCUGAAAUGGACAUUUUCAUAAUGAGCAGCUUUGAAAUGAAAAUUGGGAAAAAUAAUUCUGUAGGUUAUUUUCAGUUACUGUAUUUUCAAAUGGGAAAUAAUUUAAGGUGUAAUGACUAUUUUAUAAAAUAUUGAUGUCAAUUCUUGCCAAACAUAAAUAAAAAUAAUCCCAAG